CACAGCACUCGCAGAGGGUCUAGAGGCUGAAAUCUGAUCCUUGCUAAUUUUUUUUUUUUCUGGUGCCUUCAGCCCCGGGCUGCCAGUGCAGGUCUGCGAGCCAAGCUUUCACACACACUCGUGUCCGCGCCAGUAACAGCGCUCACACUUUUUCAAGCGGAGCAAAGCAGGCGGGCAAUGAACAGCCUCCUGUCCGGAGCGCUCUGCCGGUGGAAGCUAUCUCCCGUCUCACAGUCGGCGCACGGCUCAGCGGCGCCCCAGACACUAGCCAUUCGUUUACAGGAGAAAGAGAAAACGUGGGCAUAGAGACAGCGGCGAACGAACUACGUGGUUUUAAGGGAUUGUUGAAUUUGGAACCUUCUUUGCCACCGCCAGAAGAAGAAACUCUUUCUGGAUAUUGUGUGUGUGUGUGUGUUUUUUUUUCCCGCUGCUUGUGAUUCUCCAGUGGGGGUUUGUGCGAAAGGAUUUUUACAGCUACUAUUACUAUUACUGUAUAAGAGCACGUUUGUGACUGACACCGAUUUCUUGGUCAGAGUCAGUACAGUUUGACAAGAAUUGUGACCAUUGGAAACUCAUCCAGCGAAGACUUCUGUCAGUCUCCUGCGGCUCCCUGGCGCUGCCGGCGCCCCAUCCCCCCUCCUGCGCCACCGCCGAGCGAGGCCGCCCGGGCACAGGGGCGGGAGGGUGCUGGGCUCCGCGAGGAGCAUGCACCCGCGGGAUGCGUGAAGUCGGGUGGGGCCGCAGCAGUCGACGUCUCUACGCCCCUUCCAGAGGAAUGAUUGCCCUGUGGUGCGCCCUCUGCUCCUGCUUCGUCAUCGUCCACGGCGUGCCCGCUGCCCGGCUGCCCACCGCCCAGCCUGUGGAGAAGGCGACGGUCAAGCCCACCGACUCGUUAUCGAGUGAGGCGGCCUUCCUGGAGGAUUUCAUUCUGGGGAUCGGAGACACCCUGGACCUGUCCUGUGGGCCGCAGGGGGUCUCUCAGCAGGUGGCCUGGUUCAAAGAUGGCGCGGCGGUGUUGCCGAGCAACAGGACCCGCAUCGGGCAGAAGGUGCUGCGCAUCAUCAACGUGUCGUACGAGGACUCGGGGGUGUACUUGUGCAGGCUGGCUCAUGGCGGGGCCCUGGUCAGCAACUACACUGUGAAAGUAGCAGAUUCCCUGUCAUCCGGUGAUGAUGAAGAUGAUGAAGAGUCGGACGAUGCAGGGGAGGCCCCCUACUGGACGCGGCCCGACCGGAUGGAGAAGAAGCUGCUGGCGGUCCCGGCGGCAAAUACGGUGAAAUUCCGCUGCGCCGCCGCCGGGAACCCCACCCCCACCAUCCACUGGCUGAAGAACGGCAAGGAGUUCAGGGGCGAGCAGAGGAUGGGGGGCAUCAAGCUGAGGCAUCAGCAGUGGAGUCUGGUGAUGGAGAGCGCGGUGCCGUCCGACCGAGGGAACUACACCUGCGUGGUGGAAAACAAGUACGGCACCAUCACCCACACUUACCAGCUGGACGUCCUAGAGCGCUCGCCCCACCGGCCGAUCCUGCAGGCCGGCUUGCCCGCCAACCAGACUGUCGUGGUGGGCAGCGAUGUGGAGUUCCAUUGCAAAGUCUACAGUGACGCGCAGCCUCACAUUCAGUGGCUCAAACACAUUGAGGUCAAUGGCAGCAGAUACGGCCCUGAUGGGGUGCCGUAUGUCAGCAUACUCAAGUCCUGGAUAAGUAAAAACACAGAAGCCAAUGAUAAACUCACUCUGUACAAUGUGACAAAGAAAGACGAGGGAAAAUAUUGGUGUCGAGCCUUUAAUUUCGUAGGCAUGUCCGAAAAUCCCUUCUGGCUUUUUAUUCACAACCCGAAACCAGCUAUAGAAGAGAUAGAGAAGGACGAUGACUAUGCUGAUAUCCUCAUCUACGUCACUGGCUGCGUACUCUUCAUCCUUACCGUGGUUAUCAUCAUCUUGUGCCGCAUGAGGAUGACCACGAAGAAGACGCUCACCGCUCCUCCUGUUCAAAAGCUCUCUAAAUUCCCCCUCAAGAGACAGGUAACAGUGUCCUUGGAGUCCAACUCGUCCAUGAAUUCGAACACCCCGCUGGUCAGAAUCGCCCGCUUGUCCUCCAGCGAUGGGCCGGUGCUGGCCAACGUCUCAGAGCUGGAGCUGCCCGCGGACCCCAAGUGGGAGUUUCCCCGGUCGAGGUUGACGCUGGGAAAGCCGCUGGGAGAAGGUUGCUUCGGCCAGGUGGUCAUGGCUGAGGCUAUUGGGAUAGACAAGGAAAAGCCGAACAAGCCCCUCACUGUAGCUGUCAAGAUGCUGAAGGAUGAUGCCAGUGACAAAGAUCUUUCUGAUCUGGUGUCUGAGAUGGAAAUGAUGAAGAUGAUCGGAAAACACAAGAACAUCAUCAACCUCCUGGGAGCUUGCACACAAGAUGGGCCCCUGUACGUGCUGGUGGAAUACGCAUCCAAAGGUAACUUGAGGGAGUACCUGAGGGCCCGGCGCCCCCCCGGGAUGGACUACUCCUUCGACACUUGCAAGAUACCCGACGAGCAGCUGACAUUCAAAGACCUGGUGUCCUGCGCCUACCAGGUGGCACGAGGCAUGGAGUACCUUGCAUCCCAAAAGUGUAUUCAUCGUGACCUGGCUGCCAGAAAUGUGUUGGUAACCGAGGACAACGUGAUGAAAAUAGCAGAUUUUGGCCUGGCCAGGGAUGUACACAACAUUGACUACUACAAAAAAACAACAAAUGGCCGGCUGCCCGUGAAAUGGAUGGCUCCGGAGGCAUUGUUUGACCGGGUCUACACGCACCAGAGCGACGUCUGGUCGUACGGAGUGCUGCUGUGGGAAAUCUUCACCCUGGGCGGGUCUCCCUACCCUGGGAUCCCAGUGGAGGAGCUGUUCAAGCUGCUGAAGGAGGGCCACCGCAUGGACAAGCCUGCAAACUGCACUCAUGAGCUAUACAUGAUCAUGAGGGAAUGCUGGCACGCCGUUCCGUCGCAGAGACCCACGUUCCGGCAGCUCGUGGAGGACCAUGACCGAGUGCUGUCCAUGACCUCCACUGACGAGUACCUGGACCUCUCUGUGCCUUUCGAGCAGUACUCCCCCACCUGCCAGGACUCGAACAGUACCUGCUCCUCGGGCGACGACUCUGUAUUUGCUCACGAGCCCCUGCCAGAUGAGCCCUGUCUUCCCAAACCACACCAGAGUAAUGGUGUCAUCAGGACAUGAGCCGUCAGGCUGCCUCCUAGACGGUGCGCUAGAAUAUGGGCCUGGAGCCGCGGCUGAGACCGGAAGGAAACUCAAUAUUUAGGCUGUACUUAAAAACAAAAACCCGCCAACUCCUUCAGCCUUACAUUAAAUUCAUUUGCUGUUCUUGCUGUUUUCCGAAAUGCUGUAUACAAAGUCAAAAGGCACUGUUUGACUUGAAGGAGCUGUUCUUCCUUUUUCCCUCUCACCAAGACCCGGACUAAUGUAUUUCCUAUAGAAGCCCGCUUUUUUUUUUUGUUUCAAAGAAAAUGAUGUUCUUCCGGCGGCUCCACGAGAGCCUACUACACAAGAGCAAGUGUUCCAGGAAAAAAAACAGAAAAAACCAUUCCGUGCCUACAAAGCUGACAGACAAAGGACAGAAAGGAAAGAGGGUUCUUACAUCAAAACAGAAGCCUUUGGCAGAAGAUGCUUUUAUCUGAGUUGGUGCAAUUAACUGCUUCUCAAGAAAUGCCGGUCCCCCGAACCCUCUAUGAAACUGGAGUCUCUCUCGGUCAGUGUCCAAGUUUAUUCUAAAUAUAUCGAGUGGCAUGAAGGAGUGUGUUGUGGGAUAUGCAAAAAACGCCCAGCAUGCGCGAUGAAGUGAAGUGACGUGUGUCUUCGUGGGGAGAGCCACAAGGAUGGAGGCAGAAACUCUUGUCAGAAACUGCGCUUUUCAGAAUCUUUUCAUAAAGGCUGGAACUUAAGGCCUACCAGAGCCGUCGCGCUCAGAGCUAUCGAUCACGCCGUCGGUGGGGAGAAAACAAGGGAGAAUUUGUAGGUAUGAAACACAGCAAGUCACCCCUGUGUUGGCCUUUAGUAAUUGGAAGGAUUUAAAACAGGAGUGCAUUGCGACUUUUGUUUUGUUUUUUUGUUUUUUUAACUUAUAUCUGAAAGGUUUAUAUUGUAAAUAUAUAAAUACAAAUAUGUAUCAUAUUGCUAAGAGCGGCAAUGUACCUAAAAGAAAUAUUCAUUAAAAAAUCUCCUUUUUUUUAAUCAUAAAAAACAUUGCAAUCUAGGAUAUACUGUUGUGGUCAUAUAAACAUUUAAUCUUUUGAAGCGUUAUAAAAAAAGUUUAUUUGAAUAAUUAACAUGUAUAUUUGUAAAGUUAUUUAUAGACUUUUAACAUAUCUGUUCAUAGUUUUAAAUGAUUAGGAUAGACAUUUUGGUACUGUAAACAACUUAUUUUUUUCAGAUUUUAAUUUUUUUUAACUUAUUAACAACAGAAAAGAGACAGGAUAUUUUCUCAGUUGUCAGCUCGUUUUUCUCCCAUUGUAUUCGAGUUUUAUUUUGUUUACAGUUGAAAGAAUGUAUAAAAUUGUAAAGAUGCGUUUAACAGUGUUUCUUCAAAGGGAUAAGCAAUUUCUUUUACAAGGAGGCAAAAAUGUUAGUAUUAUCCUGGAUUGCAGUGAACAUUGAAGUGUUAAAUCAGGCACUGUAAGAGCAGUGAUUAAGUCUCCUCGAGCUCCACCCUGCUUUUUAAUUCUUCAGCAGUUAAUCAGGUAUUACGAGAAACGGCAGGGUGGACGUUUUGAGUAAACUCUACCAAUAACGUAGCAGGAAACAUCUUGAAAUGCACAUUCUUGGUUUUGAGAUUUAACCACUGCCCUAUAGUGUUCCUCUUUGAAAUGAAGGCAUGCAUUGUGGUGUAAACAUUCCACAAUGCAAACAAAAGACUGACUCUGAGUUAUGCUGUCAUCUAAUUUAUGAGUAUCUUUAGUUUUUGCAGAAUUGCCACCAUAUCUAGUUAUGAAAUGCAGAUAAAAAAGAGGAAGACAGCUUUUACCUUCCUUCUUCAGUAGGGUGUUCAGUAGGGUGCAACUGUUAUCUCUCUCUCUAUGCUUAUUUUAAUCUCAGAUAUUACUACUGUAUGGUCCAAAAUAUUGGUAGGUGGCAGGGAAACCACACCAGGUGCUUUUUGUAAAAACAUAUAUGUGUUUAAAAGAACAGGUAAAGGUUUAUUCCACACUGCAAGGAAAAGAAAAGAGACAGAAGGUUUCAAAUGUGGAGCCUUCUUCGUGUGUUGAAAUGCUCCCUUGAGAAAGAUUCUUUUCUAUUGAGAAAGAUUUCAGUUCUAUUGAAACACUGGGAAUCUGCCUCUUCAGAGUGAACAGACCACCAAGUAAAUAUACAUUGCAAAAGGGAAAGUGAAGAUUUUCCAUAUGGCUUGUAUGUUACGGAAAAAAAAAUAUCCAGUUGCUGCUAGAAACAUAACUGCAGUUUUAAUCUUGGCGCAGGUAUUGCAAAUGUACUAGCCCCCCCUCCAGACGCAAUUUAACUGGCCCAUUUUUUACUCUGCAAAGUGCCUGGGAGUCAUUACCAUAGGAAUGAGGGUCGAUGGGGAUGGGCUGAGGGGGGCUUGUGCGAAUUUAAAUGUAAUCCUAUUUGAAUGUAACGUUGGCCAACUGAGGAAGGGAAGGACCUGUCUUAGAAGCUUUGCAUUGAAAGAAAUGGAAUACAGGGCCCUCCUCUGGUAUUAUUUCAGUCUCCCAUACACAUACAUAUAUACUGGGAGGCAUUAAAUAUGCAAAAAAUGCUAUUGGUUCCUAUGCUCAUUUGUUGCAUUUUUAAUGUCACUUAGUAUAUGUACAUAUUCUUUGAAAGUUGAGUAAAAGCUUUCCCUAUGGUGAGAGUAUUUUUUAUUCCUUUUCUUAUUUCUUCAAAGCAGCAGAUGCCACCUUCUUCAGAAUGAGCACUACAGCCUUGUUCUGAGAAUUCUCUAGUCUGUUUGAAACCGUCUCUGGAGGAGGUUGUGGUGGUGGUGGGGGCUGGAGGAGGAGGGGGGGGGAUCUAUUGUUAGUGCCAGAACCCUCUCAUCCCUCCCCUGAUACACAAUCACUGCCGCCUCCCUGCUGCAGGAAGAGCUCUGCUCGGGUGGCAGGCCUCAUUCAGGCCGGGGGGCAGGCGGUGGGGCUCAAUCUCUUCAGAUUGUCGAAAAAGUACCUCAUUUCAUGUUAUACUUCCAUAUUAAACACUGCAGUACGUGUAAGUGAUGACCCUGCCUGCCUAUUAAUUGAAAACUGUAGAACAAUAAUUAGAAGAAUGUUCCUUUCAAAGAGAGUGUAUAAUGUCCCUCAUAAAAGAGAGUAGUGAGGGCUGGCUUUUAUUAAAUAGAAGUCAAGGAUAAUGUCCUACAGGCCUUUCACCCUUCCAGGUAUGUUUGCUUUAUUGUGAAGGUAUCCAAAGUCAAACCUCCUUGUGAAGUGCCAGCGGUCACAGUAAUGCAGUGAGAGAAUCUGUUCACCCUUGUAUGUGUGUAUAUGUGUGUGUGUGCACUUACAUUUGUGUUCUUUUUUUCCCAUCUUCAAGUUUAUAUAAUUAGCAAUACUGGGAUGUCAGACUUUCCUCCAUUUAACUCUUUUGUUUUUUGAAAGUAUUUUAAUAGUGCCAUGAAGCUCUUACUACAUAGAAAAAAAAUAAUUUAGUUUGAAGUCACUUAAGUGAUUGUUGUACAUCGAGUAGAUUUUAUAUAGCUGUGUGAUUUGUUUUGUAAAAUUAUAGAAAAAAAGAUAUUUACAGUAUUUUCUUACAAAAUCCAUCUGAAUAUGUGCAUUCCAUGUACCUAUUUCCAAUGUUUAAAAAAUGAAAUACAUAUUGUGCAAAUUUUUCAAAGAAUUAAACUAGAUAUCUAUAUAAUUUAUUUUUUUGUUUUACUUUUUUUUUACAAAGUUGUUGUAGAACAGCAGACAUAAUGUUUCAUAUUCAGUGCUUUUGUAGUUUUCAUACCUGUAUUUUGCCACAUAUGAAACAUUUGCAUAAGGGUCUUUAUAAAUGCGAUGUUUGGUCACAUUCCACAGAAGUGAAUUACUUCAGGUUGGCAAAAACCUCUAUAUUUUCAUAUCAGUCUAUGUGCCUGAAAAACUUCUGAUGUUGAAAGUUCUUGAAUAAACACUAAAUGAGUCAUGA